AUGGGGACCUUUUGUUCCCGGUGGUGGGUGCAUCUGACCAGUUUAUUUCUGUCAAAAAAAACUACAAAAGGGAAAUGUGGUGGGGGCGGUGUGCUGUAUAAUAUAUGCCCACAGAUCUAUGGUGUCAUUUUAAUUUGUGUUCGUCACUUCACUCACUUCUUCCUACAACGUUUUUGGUUACGUCGCUUCAUUUUUACGCCUAACUUUGUGGUAGCGGUGAAUAGAAGAAUGGCCUCGUUCGGCUCUGAAGCACAGGCAACCAGCAAUGAGUUAGUGGCUGUCAUUGAAGAACUCAAAGAGCGCCGUGCGGCACUUGACCGAAACAUUCGGCGGGAGGAAGAGGAGCGGGCCCGCACACUCACCGAGGUAAACGCGUUGAAUGAGCGUUUGGUAUCCCUGAAUGAAAGCCUGGCAAAAAAGACAGCGAUGAGGUCUGAGCUCGACAGAGUCAUCAGGGACACUUCGGAGUCGUUCAAAGGGAUAUUGCAGGAAUCAAAAAGUUUGUUAGUCAAGGCGCGCAAGGAAUCUUCCGGCCUCACAGGUUCCAGUGACGCCAAGAAGGGUCAUCGUGAAAGCGCAGUGUCGUAA